AUGCUGGCAGUCGGUCUCAACGAAACCGAAGCUAGUGAAUAUCUGGCCCAAGCUGAUGAGCCUGUCGUUGUAGUUGCUUGCGUCAACUCACCGCAUAGUGUCACGCUUUCCGGGUCAAAGAAGUCGCUGGACAAGAUUGCUGCCUUGCUGGAUGCGGACAAUGUCUUUCAAGGCAGCCUUCGUGUUAGCAAUGCCUACCAUUCUCUUGAGAUGCAGUCCAUUGCGGAUGAAUACGCCAAAGCUAUUGCGGACAUCGAGCCCCUUGCAGGUUCAGGUUCGGUGAUGUUCUCUUCUGUCACCGGCGAGAAAGUCGAACCGGGCUCUGUGGACGCAAGCUACUGGAUCACCAACAUGCUCAACAAGGUCCAAUUUACUGCGGCUGUAGAGCACAUGCUUACCCCGCCAAGAAAACGCCGCAGGGCCAAGUUCGAUGUGGACUGUUUCUGAGAGAUUGGUCCUCACAGUGCUCUCAAGACCCCAGUGCAGCAAAUCAUUACCCAAGAAGAAGAGAAGACCAAGCAGGAUUGCAGUCUGUCUUACCAUAAUAUUCUAUCUCGCGGCAGAAACUCGGUCGAGGCCGCUCUCGACGCGGCCGGUCAGCUUUGGGUUGCUGGACAUCCAGUCAACCUCGCUAGAGUCAAUCAGCCCAACGGAUCACUGCAGAUCUUCCCUCCGAUUACAGACCUGCCAUACUGUCCAUGGAACCAUUCCGAGAGAAACAAGUACUGGCACGAGACACCUAUAGCUCGCAAGAUGCGACUCCCUGCGGGAACUAGAAAUGACUUUCUUGGUACACCUGACACCGACAACAUGAAGGCCCCUGAGUACCGCAAAGUUCUUCGGCUGGAGGAGCAGCCCUGGAUCGCCGAGCACGAAGUUCAAGGUGUGGUUGUUCUGCCUGCAACAGCAUUUAUCGUCAUGGCCCUCGAAGCUGCCGUAAAGUCGGCCGCCGAAGGUCAGGUCGCCGAACGUAUUGAGCUGCGCGAUGUGGCCAUUGGGCGCCCAUUACUAUUCCAGGACAAGUCCAAACCUGCAGAGACUCGCGUUGUGCUCAGGCCUCAUAAGACUAGCACGCGAGGAAACACCGCUUCGUGGAUCCAAGUCACCGUCACCUCUCGCUCGGUCAUGGACGAUUCCUGGAUUGAGCACGCCAAUUGCUAUUUCAUCAUCCACUAUAAGAAGCAGCCAAGCGAAGUUGAGGGAAUCAGCGAGCAGCUCCGUGAGAACAAGUCUUAUCAGGAUGCAUAUCAAUCCUUCAAAAAAGACUGUACCGUUCGCUACUCCGCGAGCUCGGUCUACCUUCUCUUCGAUGAUUGCGGAUUCAAGUAUGGACCGCUGUUCAAGAAUCUGGAUGAGCUCUACUGUGGCAAGCAUGUGAAGGAUUCGACUGGUACGAUCAGAAUCCUGACACGAAAUCCGCAAUGCCAAUGGAAUGGGAGUCGUCGCACGUCAUCCAUCCGAUCGUUCUCGACAACGCCAUGCAAAUGACAAACCCGGCAUUCCGAUACUUUGAUCUCAAGGACCUCACAAUGUUACCUGUGGCAAUGGAGAGUAUCAUUGUUGAUCUUGAUGUACCCAACGCACCAGGCUCGGAGUUGAAAGGAUACACAAGCUAUGAGCUCCUCGGUGAUCACGAGAUCUUGGCCCAAAUCACCCUGGGCGCUGGAGACUUUGAAAAGCCACUCGUUACCAUGAAGGGCGUCCAUUUCCGGGAAGUUGCUGGUGGCAUGGAUAUCAACAUUGCCAACGCGGACCAAGCCAAGCCAAUUGCUACGGCAUUGAAGUGGAAAGUAGAUGUUGAUCUUCUUUCCCCAGACGCUCUACAGCAGGUCUUGAGCUCGAAGGCGACAAGCUCGCAGGGCGCUUCCAGAGCUCAUGAGAUCUUCUUGGAGCUUGUUGAUUUGCAGUCUUUCAAGGAUCCUUUCUUGACUGUCUUGGAGCUCGGAUGCAAUGGUCCAGAAAUGGCAGCAAGCACUGUUGCUCGCUUGACUGAUUUGGGCCGGCAUGUUCACAUCGAUAAGUAUAUAGUGUCGAGACCCAGUGGAAAGCCGGAGUGGGCUAUCGAAUUGAUCAAGAAGCAAGGUGGCGUGGUCGACUACCUGCUGCUCGAUCUGGAGAAAUCAUCUGGAGAGGACGGAGAAUCAGCCACGGCGACCAAGGCCAAUUCGAUUGUCAGCUUCAGUGGUCUUUUCUCCCGCGAAAACGUCGGCGUCCUGGCGAAGAGGGCAAAUGACCUGCUCCAUCCUUCCGGUAAGCUCUCUUUCACAAUGGAGAUUCAAGAAGGCAUAGAGGCCGCCAGGGCCGAAUUGGACGCCGUGCUCAAGCAGGUCGGGUUCUACGGCGUGAAUGCCUUGAUCGGUCUUGAUCCAAAUUCAGCUUUUAUUACGACCACCAAAUUGCGAGAAGACAAGCCUAUCGCUGAGCGCGAGGUCCUCUUCGUCGAGCCUUCUCAGCAAGACAAUCGAGUCUUGCGGCUCAUGGAGAAGCUCGAGAAAGACUUCACGGCUGCUGGACAUACGAUCUCCCGUGCCACACUUGAGACUCUCCCUGACACAGAAGGCAAGGCAAUUGUAUCUUUCAUCGGGCUGGGUAAUUCUACUCUCGACCAAAUGACCGAAAGCGAAUUCGAGGCCUGGCGGAUCAUGAUGCUGAAGCACUCUGGAUUGAUGUGGGUCUCUGCUGGUGCUGUCAGCUCUGGCAAAGAUCCCCGCCGUGCCAUGGAUACUGGAUUGCUCCGGGUCGUCAGGUCUGAAGAAGCCGCUCUGCGUAUUGUGCAGUUCGAUUUCUCGGAAGCGAUGGAUCUUGCUUCCACCCAAGCCGCCACGCUACUGUCCGACGCAGCUCGCCCUUCUCUCUUCCCGGACAUUCACGAGACGAUUGUCGAGACCGAAAUCACCGAGCGUGACGGCAAAUUGUUUGUCCCACGUCUGUUUACCGAGCAGGCGGCUAACGAAGCUAUCUACUACCACACUCACCAUCCAGCAGCACGCCAGCAAAGAAUCGGAGACUGCAGGGAGAUCAUGAAGAUGCACGUGGGACAGCCUGGCAUGCUCGAUACUCUCCGCUUCGAGGAGAACAAGAAGUUGCCAAAGACUCUGGAGAAGGGCCAGGCUAAGGUCCGGGUGCAAGCUACUCCAAUCAAUUUCGUCGACAUCAUGGUUGCCAUGAGUAUGGUCCCAGCUGCUUGCCUUGGAUGCGAAUGCUCUGGUAUCGUUGAAGAGAUACACGCGGAUGGCCGCUUCAAGGUCGGCGACCAAGUCGUCGUCAUGACUGGAAACGCUUUCGCAACCCAUGUUAUUGAGCACGAGGCUUUUAUGCAGCCCAUCCCUCAAGGCAUGACCCCCGAGGCAGCAGCUUCUUGUGCGACAAUCUAUGUUACGGCAUACAUCGCUCUCAUGGACGUCGCACGCAUUCAGAAGGACGAGAGUAUUCUCAUCCACGCAGGUGCCGGUGGUCUCGGACAAGCUGCUAUCCAGCUCGCCCGAAUGGUCGGUGCGGAAGUCUUUGUCACUGUUGGAUCCGUUGGGAAGAAGACUCUAUUGAUGGAGAGAUAUGGCAUUGCAGAGGAUCAUAUUUUCAACUCGCGUGAUUUGACCUUUGCCCAAGGUACGUGUAGAGCAGCUUCAGCGGUUGACAAUUCUAACAAGGACGCACAGGUAUCAUGCGCCAAACCGAAGGACGCGGAGUUGAUGUGAUCCUCAACUCAACAUCCGGCGAGGCCCUUCGCCAGACUUGGCACUGCAUCGCUCAAUUCGGCCGCUUCCUCGAGGUUGGAAAGCGGGACAUCAUGACCAACACUGGACUGGACAUGAUGCCCUUUCUUAAGAACGCCAGCUACUCUGGAGUCCAUAUUGAUCAGAUGGUCGGUACCUCUCGCCAGCGGGUAGCUGUCGCUAUGCAGAAAGUCUUCGAUCUUUUCCAGGCUGGCAAGAUUGGCGAAGUCUAUCCUGUCACCGUCAUGACUUACUCAGAGAUUGAAGAAGCUUUCCGCCUGGUUCAGACUGGAACGCACACCGGUAAAGUCGUCCUUACUCAGUCAGACGACGACAUUGUGCCUGUAAUUCCUCCGAUCACGCACACCGCCGAUCUCAAAGGCGAUGUCACUUAUGUCAUUGCUGGUGGCCUUGGGGGCGCUGGCCAGUCUAUGGUCGACCGCAUGUUUGACUGCGGAGCAAGGAACUUUGCUUUCUUCUCGAGAUCUGGGGAUUCGAAGCCUGAGGCUGCCGAAUACCUGGCUCGUCUAGGACGCAGAAGUGCCAAUGUCAAAGCUUACAAGGCUGAUAUUGCGAAUCUGGAGGCAUUGACUGUUGUUUACAACCUGUUGGAGCGAGAGAUGCCACCGGUCAAGGGCUUCGUGAAUGCCGCAAUGUUCCUGCAGGACGCUCUCCUCGCCAAGAUGACCUAUGAACAGUGGAAAUUCGGCAUCGCGCCCAAGGUCAUCGGUCACUGGAACUUCCGUAACCUUUUGCCCAAGGGUCUUGACUUCUUUGUUUCCAUGUCUUCUAUCAGCGCCAUGAUUGGAGUCCCUGGACACGCCAACUACGCUGCAGCAAACACCUACGAAGACGCCUUCGCUUUCUGGCGCCGUUCCCAGGGCGAAGAGGCCAUCUCCUUCAACCUGUCCGCUAUCUUUGGGGUCGGCGUCAUGGAACACAGCGGAGUUGAGAAGUCUGCCUGGUACGAGAUGAUCUCUCUCAACGGAACGGAGAUGAACAUCCUCCUCGGCUUUGCGAUGACAAAGACUACCUUGAAAGAUGUCCCGUGCCCGACACAAUUGACUACGGGUGUCAAUCCUCAGAUGCUGAAUGUUCCAUCCAUGCAUUGGGCACUCGACCCGAAAUUCCGAAUCCUCCGACGACUUGGUUGUAAGCGUAGCAUCAGCUCUGACGACGAAGGCGCGAAGAGCAAACUUCACGACGAACUGCGCGAAUGCACAACCAUGCCGGCUGUGACCAAGGUCAUUGAAGAGAAUCUUGUCCUCGAGCUUUCAAAGAGUAUGAUGUGCAACCCGGAGGAUAUCAAUGCCAGCAAGCCGCUGCAUAGCUUUCGUGUUGAUUCUUUGGUUGCUGAUGAGGUGAGGAGUUGGAUCUUCAAGGAGCUCAAGAGUGGUGAGUCACGAGACAUUCGAUCUGGUGUCUUGAAGCGUUUGCUGAUUCACGUGUCACAGAGGUCACUGUUUUCGACAUCAUGGAUCCUCAGCCAUUGACAACACUAUACUUCAAGAUUGCAGAGAGAGCAAGCUGA